UCCAUGCGGAGAAGUCGACGGUGUUUGCCUUCCUGGUGGAGGCGAUGCAGAAGCUGGCCCUGGAGGGGCCCCAGCUGUCCUCUAGCUCUGCCUUCCACAGGAGCCCCCACGGCCUGCCCAACUCGGUCUCCAAGGAGGCUGACACCCGGCCCUACGAGGAGAUUGAGUUCAAGAAGGGUAAGAACAAUCGUGCCAGCGACAUUUCCAUCAAGGUUACCGAAACCAAUGGCCAGCUCAGCACCCCUCCCCUAAUGGCAUCGCCUGUACGCAGCGCUGCCCGCCUGGAGCAGGAGGAUUCCUCCUUUGUGAACACCCCGGGCUACCGGAGCAGCUACACGGGGGACCACAAUGGCCAGGCACCCGUGGCCCGCAAGAGGGAUGAGAAGGACUACGAGCCCGUCGACGUUGGGGCCCAGAUCAACAAGGAGCACCACGCUGACAGGAACCUGGAAGAACUGUACGACAUCCCUGUUGGGGCCACCACUACCGACCUCCCAGCUGGAGUCCUUUACAGCGUGCGUGCCACUUACAAGUACACGGCCGAGGAUGUGGAUGAACUCAACAUUGAAAGUGGAGAGAUCAUCAGGGUGAUUGAGUAUGACGACCCUGAGGAGGAGGAGGAAGGCUGGCUCAUGGGAAUCAAGGAGUCUUUCGGAGAAAAAGGCCUGUUCCCAGCCAACUUCACGCGCCCCAUCUGAACCCCCCGUGCCAAGCCCCCGGCCAGUCCAGGGAUCCCCGCCAGUGGGCCCGAGGAG